AUGCCGUCAAGAUACCAAGCUUUUCGCGAGUUUCAGGUCGUCGUUCUCGGAGCAGGCGGCGUGGGGAAGAGUUGCUUAACUGCACAAUUCGUUCACCAAGAGUGGAUCGAGAGUUAUGAUCCGACUAUCGAGGACUCUUACCAGAAACAACUUGCUGUCGAUGGUCGGCAAGUAGUCCUGGAAAUCCUCGACACUGCAGGGACAGAACAAUUCACAUCUAUGAGGGAUGUCUACAUGAAAAAUGGCCAGGGCUUUCUCCUGGUGUUCAGCAUCACGUCGCCGUCCUCGCUGGCAGAGCUGUAUGGGCUGAGGGAAGAGAUUCUGCGCAUCAAGGACAGGGAGGACGUGCCCAUCGUCAUCAUCGGCAACAAGGCCGACCUUGAGGACCAGCGACAGGUCCAACGGACCAAGGCUUUUGCUAUCUCGCAACAAUGGGGCGCGCCUUAUUACGAGGCGAGUGCUAGGACCAGAACAAACGUCGACGAAGUCUUUAUCGACAUCUGUCGACAGAUGCUGAGGGCAGACGAUGCCAUGGAGGCGAUGGAUGAUACGGACGACACCAGUAGAUAUCGAGACACCGACAGGAACCGCAAACAACGACGGAGGAGACGCAAGGACCACCCACGAUGUCUGAUCCUGUGA